GAAAAAUACACCUUUACUCAGUUCAAGAAUAUGAAAGUCACAGAUUCUUUACGUCUCAAAGAAAAUAUUAUUAUCAACUUGAUUUUAAACAAAUUCAAGUUACGUCAUUAUACUAAAAAACGUAAGAUUGAAGAAUCUGCAGCAUCUUCUCCUUCACCAAAUAUUGUUUCUGAGAAUAUUGGACAUACUUUCGAAGAUGUUCUUCAUAAAUUAUUUAAUGAUAAUGGAAUAAUUGCUUACAUAAUUCAAGUCUCUGAAGGAGACGGAGGAUUAGAUUUAUUACUUUCAUACCAAGGUAAUCAAAUCUGUGUACAGUCCAAAGAUAGAGAAAAUGCUCUUAUAUUAUCUAUGGUCAAAGAUUUUGAAGCUAUGAUGAUUCAUUUUAAAAGUUUAUUAGAAAUUUUGGUUUAUAAUAGUGAGACAAUGAGAACAGAAAAAUAUUUGACGAAACAAGCUAAACUUUGGUUAGACAAUUCAACUCAAGAAUUAAUU